UUGGCUUUGUUCAAAGGAAACCAGGGCGUGGUGAUACAACAUCGUCCAUGAGCUGUUUUGACAAAAUCACCCGCUGGAGCGUUGUAGGAAUUCAAGGUGCAUUGCUGUCACAUAUACUGGAACCCUUGUAUUUGUCCACCAUUACUAUUGGACAAUUACCUGAUGGUACUCCUGAACGGUUCUCUAUUAAAAAUAAUAUCAAGAAGGCCCUGGAUGCUCGUCUGUCCUCUCUACCCACCGAAUUGCCACCUCCUUUCAAAAUGCAGAAGCCAAAGGUUUUUGAGGCGCCUGUACCACCAACAGAGUUUCAACAGAUUCCUGGAGACGUACGCCUCUUGACAUGCGGGUACUCGAUUUGUUGGAAUAAAUCCGGUUUGCAUGAAGUUGUCUUAGGUACAACUGGUAGGAAACAAGGAACCUCAUCAAAGGCAGCGCACUUACCCUCCACCGAGUCACUGCUCUGCAAGAAAAGACUACUAGAAGCAUUUGUGUCUCUUGAGCAUCCUUUGGUGGGGCAACUAAAAUGCGAGGAGCUAUCUUACCGGGCACUUAAGGAUACGGCUCAUGAAUACCAUCACGCGCUUGAGCUCCUCAGGAAGGCCCCAUUUUUUGGCUGCUGGCGAGCUAAGCCUACAUUUGUUGAUUCGUUUGCAGUUUCACGGUGAUGUCUCGUGAACUGGUGAAUGCCAUCGCCCUGUUUCUUUUUGUCUGUUGAAAAAACAUACUAUCUCCGUUCCAAAAUAUAGUUCUUUCUAGCCAUUUUUUCUGUCCAUAUUAAUAAACAUAUAAAUAGUCUAAAAUGAAUUAUAUUUU